AUGUCGCGACUUUCUCUUGUUUGCACACAGACCACUUCACAACGCACACUCACUGACCUACCGACCAUAGUGGCACUACAGAUUUGCGAGUAUCUCGAUGCUGCGGAUUUGGUCAACCUGUGCACCACCGUUCCAAGAUGGAAGGCGUUUCUCACAAGACGCCGUUUCAUCCAUGUCAUGAAGCAGCAUAUAAGGCAGUGGACGUGGUUUGACAAGCGUCUUUGUCAGCUGCUCUUGCCACACCCACUCAACGCCUCAAUAGAAAAUAUUUGUGAGGCGAUUAUGUAUCGCAGUGCACUGACAAAAUCCUUCCAUCGAUUCCGCAACAGACUGGCUCUGUAUCGGUGGCAACAGCUACAGCUGCAGCACCACCACCACCACCACCACCAGCACCAGAAACAAGAUGACGACUUCGUCAACAUUGACGUUUAUCCCAUCCACGUCCGCGAUUAUCUGCACAACGGGAUAGAAAGGAUGCACCGUGCAGUUUUGCGCGGUGCAUUACCAGCACGAUUUCCAUUUCAUCGAAACUUACAUGUUCACUGA